GUUUUUUGCUUUUAACCAAUACAAUUUACUUGUUUAACGCUGAAUACAUUCAUCUUCGUAGUUUGUAAUCCACAGUCAGAGAAGGAAGUUAAGGAAAUCUUGUCAUGCAUCUAAAAAGCCAAAAUGCCAGGGCACUGACCUGACUUGUGAAGUUUUCCAUCCCUUGAUCAGUGAAGAGGCAAAUUUGGAGACUUUCAGACCUAUGGUUAUCAUUUGCUACCAAAAGGUAUCAAUGGAACUUCAUCACUGCCCAGCCUUUGUUACUCGCACAGGCACUGCAACAGUUAGGGUCCUGGACUUUGGGCAGGCAGGUUUACUAAAUCCCAGUCCGAUUAUCAAAGAUGAAACUGAGUUCCUUAUUGAAGAAUAUCUUUCUCCAUCCAAAUUGCGAGCCCUGACCAAGACAGAGGACCUACAACAGGUGAAAGUUCUGGAGAUGUGUGUAGAUACACAGGAUAACAGUCUUGGAAACUUUGGUGCUCAUUUACCCAGUUUGGUUCAACUGAAGCUCAAUAGCAGUUUUAUUGCAUCAGUAAGGGAUCUCGGGACAUCAUUAACAAAACUACAGGUGCUCUGGAUGGCUCGCUGUGGUCUGACAGACUUGGAUGGAAUUCCUUCCUUCUGUUCUUUAAAGGAACUAUAUGUGGCGUAUAACAGUAUUUCAGAUGUCAGCCCGGUGAGCAUGCUGGAACUCCUGGAAGUACUAGACCUGGAAGGGAAUAGCAUUGAUGAUAUUGUGCAGAUCCACUAUGUAGCUCUGUGCAGCAAGCUGAACACACUCACACUAGAGGGGAACCCUUUUUGCUUGCAACAAAACUCAGAGGAUUCAAAUUGUAACUACAGGGAGACGGUUAAAAAAUUAAUCCCACACUUGAAGUAUUUGGACGACAUUCCUGUGAGUGAGACCUGCAUUCAGUCUAACUGUACCGUCAGUAAGGAUUGGCUAAUUGUGAAGGAAGCCAUUAAGGAUGGCAUCUCAGCUGAGGAUCUUGAAUAUCUAGCUGAUAGUACAACCAACGGGAAGCCAGCUUCCCGGAAGCACCAGAAUUGCGCAUCUCGAAAGGCAUCAACUUCUCAGAGGCCACACAGCGCUGGGAGACUCUGCGCAGGAUCUACUGUUGGCGUCUUAAGGACAGGAAUUCCUGAUGCCAGGCUUCAUGAUGGCGCGAGCGACCUAACACAUGGUGCUGGCAGCAUUUUUUGUGGAAAUCCUGUCACAGCUCUUCGAGCUCGGAAGAAGAAGCAAGGCGCAUCAAGUGAUGAAGCAGGGAAUUGGUUCAGUCAGUAUUCUCACUUGCCAGAACACACCUAUGAUUCACUGGAAAUUGACAGCAGAACCCGAGAUGAUAUUUUCUCGGAGCUUAGGGCCUGGAGAGACGAGCACAACAGGCGCCUCAAAGCUAUUCUGAAGGAACAAGACACACAAGUGUUGAAGAUUGAUCACAAUGAUAAUGGUGUACUGAGUAACAGUUCUAGUGAUGAGGAGAAGGAGGACAACUGCUCCGAUGAAUGGAAUGGCCCUGUUUCACCAGAAUCAGUCCCUUCAUCCCCAUAUUUCCCUUCCAAUGCAGAAAGCUUGCUGGUUGCGGACUUUAAUCGAACGUUGUCUCCUGUUCCUCCAUCACGUCAAGAAGCACCCACAAAGUCUCACAAAGUACUUGACUUUAGGGUUAGAUGCUUAAGAAGGUCUGUCCAGAUGGAAAGCAAACUGUUGCAAAGAGGUGAUGAGAACUAUGCUGUACUUGAUGAAAACAGAGAAGCUGCAUUUUCACACGGAGUUCAACCAAGAAAUAGGCUUGAGGACAGGCUGACAGUGUACUCUGCUGUCGAGAGCUUAAGACCAGUUUCUGGACCAGCCACAGUUGGAUUAAGAAGUGUAAAGUCAAAGGUUGACAGGAAACCUCAAAAAGUUAUUGACAGUCAUCAGCCAAUAAUCCGUUCAUCCACAAAAACACCUGAGAGACCACGCUCCCUGAACCCUGUACGACCCCUAACUGCUAAGGCUGCGCUACAGCGAUUGCCAAACAGACCAUUGCUCCUGCCCAGCAGAGGAAACAAGACAACAAGCUGAUGUCUAUAGGACCACAGUUAAGAAUGGUUAAUUGCAGAAUACAGUGUACCUGGAAAUCUGAAAAAUUAUAGAAAUUGAAGGAACAAGACACCAAGGUCUACAUAGGGAAUGAAUGGUCUUCAGUUUCAAGUGCUGAGCCUCUUGUCAUACUCUCCCUUCAUUUUCUUCCAAAGAAACAUACAAGUCCAAACAGUAGACUGCCUACCCGUUCUGCAGAUGUUGAUUGAGCUGAUGUACCUUUCCUGUUGAUGAAAAUAAUGGAAUAGGAGUGCAGAAAAAUGUGGGACCUGAGGAGAUUCUGCAGAUAAUCUGUCUGGCUCACCCCUUAGUUAUCUAUCCACGAAUUCCUUAAAUUUCCCCACCCUAUCUACAACCCCCUGUAACCUAUUCUGCAUGUUCACCCCCCCUGCCCUUUAAUGUGAAAAUAAUUCGAGAAAUCAGGAAGGCUUAACAUCGCUGUGUCACAAACAGAAUUGUUUUCAGAUGUUCCACUGUUUCAGAGCUAUAUCACAUUUAUCUAUAUUUCAGACUAAUUCACAGACAUUAGCAAUUGAGAAAAUGUACCUAUUCUAUCAGUGCUUGUGGGGUUAAAUGCUGUCAUCAUACUUCCAGGAAAUCAAAUGUCUCACCCCAUCAUUUGGGAAAUUAUGUGCUCUAUAAUCAUAUGUGGAUCCAUGAUUGAAUUAUUUGUUCCAGUUUUCCAUUCUGCUCAGCUAAAAAUUAUUACAAAAAAUAUUUUUGAAUCAUUUGUGAUCAAGAUAAGAGCAUACAACCAUAUUGUACAGUAAUUGGAUCUGCAGCGAACUUAAUUCAUCAGAGUUUAAAAUGAUUUGCAGCUGUCCCUCCACCCAUCACCCCUGUGCUUCCUGACCUAUAACGGCUCCCAGUCCCCAGAUGCCUUGAUUUUAAAUUCUUAUCCUCAUUUUCAAAUUCCCCCAUGACCUCACUCCUCCCUACCUACACUCAUGCAAUUCUGGCCUCUUGUGCAUCCCUGAUUUCCAUCAUCUCAUCAGCUAUGCCAUCAGCUGCCUAAGCCCCAAGCUCUGGAAUUCCCUCUCUAAACUGAUCUGUAUCUCUGCUUCUCUCAACUUCUCUUUUAAGAUGCUCCUUAAAACCUACCUCUUUGGCCAAGUUUUUGGGCAUCUAAUAUCUCUUAUGUGGCUCAGUGUCAAUUUUUGUCAUGUUAAGCAUCUUGGGACAGUUUACUUUGUUAAAGAUGCUAUCUAAAUGCAACUUGUUUUCAUGUUUCUUUGUCACAUUGUUAAAGCACCUGUUUCACAUGUUAAAAGAUGGAGGGCUCUAUUAUAGAACUUACUAUAACCUCUAUUGAUUUUGAUCCAAAGUGAUGUUGCCUUUGUUUAUUUUGUAGCAGUUCUGGAUAAUGAGGCCCAUUUUGUGCUCCGUUGUAACUGUCUGAAAACCUUUCAAUUAUGACUCUCGAGCAUGGGAAAGUGAGAAAACACUUACUAUACCUGUCUUCAACCCUGGUCCUGGAGUUGAAAAGGAUGGAUAAGCCAAUCACACAAAUGCAUGUUUGUUGUACACCCACACAGAGUUAAUAUAAAUUACUGCUUAAAUGAUUAGAAGUUGCAGUAUGUUGUUUACAGGCCUUUAAAAACCAACAAAUGUACAGUCAUAUUACCAGACUUGCUGUGUAACCUUACUGUAUUUCCUAGGAAGAUUUGAUGGCAAACAACAUUUUGAAAUGCUGCAAUUGUAGGUGUUACUUAGUUAUGGCAAAAAUCAGACUGUGAAAUAACUAGAGUGGAGUGACUUGAAAGCUGACAGUAACACAAAUGAUUGACAUUUUCUAUGGAAGAUUUGUGUGGUUUUCUUAAGGAAUUGCAUCAGAAUAGUAUAAGUUAAAUUAACUUAUUGUAUUCCCAUCCCAAGAAACAUACUGUAAAUGUGCUUACACACAUUGCAUCAGAAUAGUAUAAGUUAAAUUAACUUAUUGUAUUCCCAUCCCAAGAAACAUACUGUAAAUGUGCUUACACACAUAUACACUUACACAAUUUGCACACACAUACAAACAUUAAACAUGUACACAGAUUUUCCUAUCGUGUGCCUCCAACCAAGAAAUGUUUGGUUAAAUACACACACAAAUAUUCACAGUCACACAUGUAUGAAAAUAUAUUGACACAAAUAUAAAAAUAUACAUACAUACAUAGACAUAUGUGCACUCAAUAAUUUGCUUUUAUUUCACUAAAUGAUGGGCAUAUGAAGUGCCCACAGAAUCAGAGUGUGGGUGGAUGCAUACUGCAGCCUCUAUUAAGGUUGUGCUCUACUUUGUAGUGUAAAUUAUGUUAAUUUCUGAUGCCCAGAAAGAGCUGUAAUAUUGUUAAUGUGGAUUAAUAAGCAGCCUAUGACAUUCAAGUAUAAAGUGGGCUUCUCUAUAGUGUACUUCUGAUCAAUGGGGGUUCAUCCAAAUGGGAAACAAUGGCGAAAACAAAAAUAAAAUAAUUGUCCUUUGAAGACAGUGUUAAUAUUUAUCACAAACAUCUUUAGCUGUCUAUACAUUAUGACUUUAGCAAUACAGGAUCUGCUAACAGCUAAUGAUUUCGUCUGGAAUUUUAUAAGAGAUAUUAACAUUCAUCCCUCCAGUUAUUCACAAGUUAAUUUUGUAAUAGAUUACCGUAAUUUUAAAACAAGUAAUUCAUGGUUUUCUCUACAAAGUGUUCAAUGGGUUGAAGUGAACUUCCCUCACACAAGCAGCAAGAAAGCUACACAAAAUCAAACAAGUAUCAAUGGUUUCCCCUCACUAUAUUUCCUUCAGAGGAUGACAUGGUCAUGUUUUCCCCAUGUUUGGAUUAAAUCAUUUCUCCGUUUUUUAAAAAAUUGAUUUAACUCCUUUCUAAUGAGAAAAGGACUGCAUAUUGUACUGCACUGUACAGUAAUAUAAUUUUCUCGCACACUGAAUCAUCUCAUCUGCUUGUCCAUGCAUGUACUAAUUACUUAGAACAGCCAGCUUCCCCUGCUCCCCAGAAUACAGAAGUAAUGCUUUACCCUGCUGCCCUUGCGCCCUGUCUGGUUCACUCCAGUGCUUCUGAUAAGGUCAACAGUUUCAACAAGGAGUCCCAGCAAGUUAAGCACAGCUAACUGUACUCACAUGAGCAGCAGGUACCAGCUGUUGAGGAGAGGUUGGCAUUGGAGCUGAGUGCCUUUUGUAUUUAGCCCUCACAAUGUCCUCAGAAGUCUGUGCUGAGGGAUAUGAAGCUGUGUGGUGAGUGCUUUGUGACCAGUUUGUAAAAGGUGCCGGGCCCGAGAUAUUUUCAGGGACAAUAUCAAGCAAAAUAUGGACAUAAGUUUGGGAAUAUUGAUAUGUCAAAGACAUUUGGUUAAGCACCCACUUCACAAGUGUUCAAAUGGGCUCAUCCUUUCACCAUCUGAAUCAUCAAAGUAUCUGAAACAAUGUGUUGUGUUAUUUCUGUGAAUAACUAGACAUACAUACUGAUUACCACUGCGUAUAUAAUGUAAUUUGUGCCUGGUUCUCCGGUACAUCAAGUCACAAAAGGUGAAAGGGAACUUGAUGUAGAAUUGUAUAGUAGCACAGUAUUUAUUUUUUACUGUAAAUGGUUGGAUUGUCGGUGACUAAAA